AUGGCAAAGUUGCGGAUCAACGAGCGGUCUGACCCGUGGCUAGAAAGAGUUAUUGCAACCUUCGACUGGAUCUGUGAAAGUUUCUGGUCCCGAAUGUCUCAGAGAUUUAGGCAGCUGAAACACGCUGCCCACCCUCUGGAGGGAGACGCAGGUCUGUGCGGAGGGAGGCCCCAAGCACAUACACCAGGUAUGUCUGCUGAAACCAGUGAUAUGGCUCCUCUACAAAGCCUACCUGACCGGAGAGCCUACAGAGGGAAGACCUCGCUGCACCACCCACGACUGCGGAGAAAACCUUGGUGGAGGCUUUGGAGACCACAAUCUCGAUCCAGGCCCCUGAGAAGACUCCUGAAGGGGAUGGACUUUAGUACUUCUAGAUACUGGGUCUGUGGAAAAUUGGUGCCAGAUCCUCUUCAAACUCGGGGCUGGCGUGAUAACCUUAUGUGGCCUACCCAACGCUGCUCUUGA